CGCCCCUUUUUUUUCCAAGUUUAAGCCAGAGUUACUUCCCAGAGACACUCGAGCAUCAUUUGAUACGAAGACAAUGGACACAGAAAAUCCUCAUCACUAUUCUCAGAACAACUCCUUACAACACGGGGUAGGAGUAGAGGUUCUGCAGCAGUACAUGACGUGGGAGGGGGGCGACGCUGUGCUGGACGCCGGGUGUGGCACGGGGGAACUGUGCAGCUACAUCUCCAAACAGCCAGGCGUCGCUUCUGUCGUGGGCUUUGAUCUGUCACCUGAUUUCAUCAGCUAUGCUCGGACGAACAACUCCUCCCCAAACGUGCGGUACCACGUGGCCGAUGCCGCGGAUCCAUCAACGAUCAAGCCGGAGUGGCGGGGCGCCUUCAGCAAGGUGGUGUCUUUCUUCGUUCUGCACUGGGUCAAAGACAAGGCGACAGCGCUUAAAGCGCUGAACUCCUGUCUAAAACCCGGUGGCGAGAUCGUGUUCGUGUGCGUCAGUGAUAAAAGCAAGUUCCAUGAGGUUCCCUUGGAGCUUUCUUCACUUCCCAAGUGGAGCAUCUACCUGAAGGAUGCCGCUCCCGCGCUGUUUCCCUGGCCUUCUAGCGACAUCAUGAUCACAAACGAGCACCGCAGCAGCCGCCUGAUGGAGGCCUGUGGUUACGAGGUUAUCGCCUGUGAUAUCAAGAAGUAUCCGCACUGCUACAUCUCCAGAGACCAGUUGAGGGGAGUCAUCCGUCCCACUCUGCCGCACCUGAGCUACAUUCCCGAAGACAAGCAGGAGGAGUUCAUGGAGGAUCUGGAAAAGCUGGCCGAGGAGCGGCACUGGAUAACAGGAGAGGGAGCUCCCACCAUGCAUGAGGUGUACGUGGCUAUUCGCGCUCGAAAGAUAUGAAUGUCAGAACGCAGCCAACCGCGCAGCACUUGCUGUUGUCUUCUCGCAAUGAACGAAGAUGACGAACAGAGAAUUACUAAAUACAUCCAGUUUCCAUUGAACAUAAUAACUAGAAACCUUACUUCUGUCAGAUGUCAGCUUCCUACUUAAUAAUCAGAAGGUGCGCCAAAAAGCCGUUACACAAGCAACUGGAUAUGGCUUUGGAACGUGAAGACCAAAGGUGCUACCUAAAACGUCUGACCGUUUCCAAAAUCAUAUCCAGUUGAUGAGUAAUUCCUAUUUGAUUAAUAGUAUUACCUGGAUAUCUAACCUUCACCAAUGCAACAGAAAGUACAUUUAAAGAAUUGUAUUUCACCUUUAUUCUUUUCUGCUGUAUUCGUGUAUCCUGCUGUAUUCAUUUAUAAGAGAUACAUUAAAAGUCAAUAGAGUCACUUUUAAAUAUAAGCUGAAACAAGGAAA